UGGUGGUGGUGCGCGUGCGCGGUGUCGCCGGUUUGGCGGAGACCUUCCGGCCCCGAGGUCCUGGCCGUCGGUUCUCUGCUCACUGGGGCACCGACCCGCGAAACCGUGGCCGCACCAGCUCCCACCCAGGUAGUCCGCCUCCCGGUGCAGCUCUUCGGCUACCCCGGAGGCCCCGCCAUGUCCAGGCCCCAGGGCCCAGAGCCAACCCUUGAUGUGCAGGGAGACCACCCCGUGGGCACGGGGGACGAGGACGCCGCCGAGGGGACGCAGCACUCCCACCGCAUGCUCAGCUUCAGCGACGCGCUGCUGUCCAUCAUCGCCACCGUCAUGAUCCUGCCUGUGACCCACACGGAGCUCUCCCCGCAGCAGCAGUUGGAUGAGAGUGUACAGAAACUUCUAGCAACCAGGAUUGCUGUCUACCUGAUGACGUUUCUCAUCGUGACAGUGGCCUGGGCAGCACACACGAGAUUGUUCCAGGUUGUUGGGAAAAUAGACGAUACCCUUGCCUUGCUCAACCUGGCCUGCAUGAUGACCAUUACCUUCCUGCCCUUCACGUUUUCCCUGAUGGUGGCCUUCCCCGCGGCGCCUCUGGGCAUCUUCCUGUUCUGCGCAUGUGUGAUCGCCAUUGGGGCCGUGCAGGCGCUGAUUGUGGUGUACGCAUUCCGCUUCCCCCACCUCCUGAGCCCCCAGAUAGGCCGCUCUGCCCACCGGCACCUCCACCGGCAGCGUAUCCUGCACCUUGUGCUCCGGGGCCCGGCGCUGUGCUUCCUGGCUGCGGGCUUCUCCCUGUUCUUCUACCCGGUGUCGUACCUGCUGUUGGCAACGGUCAUCGUCCUCCCCUAUGUCAGCAAGGCCACCACCUGGUGCAGAGACAGGCUCAGGGGCCCCCAGGAGCUCCCAGCUCCCGGCGUGGAGUUCUUCACGUUCGACCUGCAGGAGCCGCUCAGCAAGGAGCGGGUGGAGGCCUUCAGCGACGGGGUCUAUGCCAUCGUGGCCACGCUCCUCAUUCUGGACAUCUGCUCGGACAACGUCCCGGACGCCAAGGAGGUGGCGGAGCGGUUUCACGGCAGCCUGGUGGCCGCGCUGAGCGAGUCUGGGCCGCAGUUCCUGGCGUACUUCGGCUCCUUCGCCACCGUGGGCCUGCUCUGGUUUGCCCACCACUCGCUGUUCCUGCACGUGCGCAAGGCCACGCAGUCCAUGGGGCUGCUCAACACGCUCUCGCUGGCCUUCGUGGGCGGCCUCCCGCUGGCCUACCAGCAGACCUCGGCCUUCGCCCGCCAGCCCCACGAUGAGCUGGAGCGCGUGCGCGUCAGCUGCGCCAUCAUCUUCUUCGCCAGCAUCUUCCAGUUUGCCAUGUGGACCACGGCCCUGCUGCGCGAGGCGGAGACGCUGCAGCCCUCCGCGCGGUUCGGGGGCCGGGAGCACGCCUUCAUGUUCGCCAAGCUCGCGCUCUACCCCUGCGCCAGCCUGCUGGCCUUCGCCGCCACCUGCUUCCUGAGCCGCUUCAGCACGGCCAUCUUCCACCUCAUGCAGAUCGCCGUGCCCUUCGCCUUCUUGCUGCUGCGGCUCCUGGUGCGCCUGGGCCUGGCCCUCCUGCGGGCCCUGCGCGGCCUGGCCCCGCCGGUGCAGCUCGCUGAGGAGGGCCCGCAGGCCCCGCUGCUCCCGGCGCCCUGCUAGCCCAUGCCCUCCUGGACUGGCUGUGUGGUGUUGCACACGCCCACCUGUAUCCUAGGCACGCACGGGCUCAGGCGGCCACGGGGCUGCUGGCAGUUGAGUGGCUCUGGUCCUUGACCCCAGCCUGCCCCCUGGCCCCCGCACAGAGCUCCCCAGUGGCUGCUGGGCUACAAACCACCCUUCCCACCCACUGUUCCCUACACACCAACGGGAGUGAGACAAGGUGGCGGCACCCAGACUGUAUUGUGGGGGACUUGAGUCAGUGCACGUAGUGUGGGCUACACGGGGGGCGCCUCUGGGCAUAAACAUGGGGUUGCAGGGCAGGGUCCCCAAGCACACCUCACGGGUGGUCCCACAACAGCAGCAGGGCCCACAGGGCAUAGACAGGGGACACCACGGGGGCGAGGGCGGGCCACACACCCUGGAGGCACACAAGACAAUACCACAAGCUGUUCUGUAUAUUACGGGUGCAGCUUUGGCAGAAGCUGUGGGGGCACAGACUGGGCGGGGCCACGUCUGAGGUUGAGGCAAAGCCACCAGCCCUGCCAGAGGUGCCAGCAGCAAAGGGACCCUGCCCAGGGUCAACGGUGGAGCCUCCGGGGCAGCCAGAAGUUCCCCGGGCAGGCUGAAGCUUUGGUCGGGUUCCUCCUGGGGUCUGAGGUGUGGGUGGUCCAGACUUGGGCCAGCAGAGCUGGCAGCUGCAAGCAGCCUGAGACCGCGGAAGUCGUGUCUGCUCAGCAGACACUGGGAGCAGCCACGCUGACUGUUCACAAACGAGACGCAAAGUGCCAAGUGUCCUCAGUGAUUAAAGCUGGUUCCCACGUGC